UUCGGCACUAAUACGCUAAUUUCCUCCGACUGCAAUGUGAAAACCAUGGCGAGAAACAAGAACAAUUCCAGGUGCUAAUCACAGCGCGUAAAAACACUUUGCCAGUUGUAUAAAUUCCGAGACCCAGCCAAGUGAAGCCACACUUGGCAAUUUGCAGUUAAGCUAAAAUCAAGUAAUAGUAUAAAAGCUCCGAUAAAAUACCAACAAAAUGCAAUACAAUAAGAUCCUACAACUGGUUGCUUGCUUGCUUUGCUUUACGCUGGUAUUCGGUUAUCCUCAGGAGCGAAUUACUUCAGCGAAACAGAUCCCAAGACUAAGAGACACCAAGGAACAGGGAAAGCUAUCCUUUGCUUCCAGUGAAGCACUCGAAAACCUCUACACGUACGAAAGAACUUUAAACAGAUUGCGGAGAGCUCUAGAUGAGCUGGCCUAUGAGGAGACGGCUGAUGACAUGGACCUCGCCGAGAUCAAUGUUUUCCGACCUCUCUUCCGUUACCGAUCCCAAGUGGUCAAGGUGAAGAAUCCCCAGCAGCAGUUUGGUUAACGGACUAACUAAACUAACUAUAUAGUUUUAAGCAUUCUCAUCUCCAUUACCUAAAUACUGAUCAUAUGCCAUUGAUAUUUUUAUACAAAACUAGACACCUAAGAAAUAAAACCAAACUAAUUUAUAUUGUUAAA